GCGUGUCUUCUGUGUGUUCUGACCUCGCUACAUGCUAUCAUAUUCGCCCUGGAGUCCCACGAGAAGCGGUCCAUUCUGCUGUCCAAAUUCCGUAAUCUCAACGGGGAGGUGACGAGCAGCACUUUGAGCCGAGUCCUCUUCUCCUGGCUGAUGCCGCUGAUGCGUCUCGGCUACCGGAGAAACCUUGGGCUGGACGACCUGGACACCCCCGAGACCAAGAUGGGAUCAGAGAAACUCCGCCGGCGUCUUGAGGAGAGGUGGAAUAUGGGUAAGAAAAGUCGCAAGCAGGCUUUGAGCAAAGUAGAGCCACUGUCUUUUGCCCGGCCCAUGCUGGCUGCCGUUCCCCCCAGGCUGUUCCUGAUCGGAUGUACCUAUGUCCAGCCUUUCCUCAUUACUGCGGCCAUAGAACCCGCCUACAAGCCACGGACCGAGCAGUACGACAAUGCAGGAUGGGGUUUAGUGGGCUCAUACGACAUCGUAAUUGUUGGCAUGGCUAUAUGCACAGGCCAGUACGAGCGAAGCGUCGCCCGCGCCGAGACCAUGAUGCGCGGCAGCCUCUCCGCCCCCGUCUACGAUAAGGCGACGCGGCUGGACCUGGCCUCGCCGUCCGUCAGCGGCGCCGGCUCGCUGACGCUGGUGGCGACCGACACGGCGCAGGCGGCCGCGGGCGCGCGCCAGCUGCACGAGCUGUGGGCCGGCGCGCUCGAGAUCUGCGUCGGCACGUACCUGCUGGCCCGCGAGCUGUGGGGGGCGCCGCCUGCGCGGUGCCCGUCGGCCUCGCCGUCCUGGUCCUGGUCGCCAUCGGCUUCCUCGGCGUCGCCGCUGGGCGUGCCCAGGCGGCCUGGAUCGCGGCGUCCCAGGACCGCGUCAGCGCCACGUCCAGGACGCUCGGCGGCGUCAAGUGGCUGCGCGCGUCGGGGCUCAACGACGUCGCGUUCGGCAUGCUGGCGCGACUGCGGGCUGUCGAGCUGGGGGUGCCGAUGCGGUUUAGGGCCCUGGUGGGACUUUCGCUUGUCAUAUUGAUCGCUACCCUGAUCAUCUCCCCGAUCCUUGCCUUCGGCAUCUUUGCAGGCCUCGCCACCCGGGGUGACGGCGGGACCCUGGACGUCGUGACCGCCUUCACUUCCAAGUCCUUGCUUGUCCCCAUCAGCGCACCGCUCUCGGGCAUUAUCGUUGCGGUCCCAGUCCUUGCGGACUCCGUCACUUCUUUUGGGCGCAUCCAGGACUUUCUCACCGGGGAGGAAACAGAGGACAGUCGUCUGAAUGCCUGCAUAGCCUCUGAUGUCGGCGCUCCGCCUCGAUCCCCUGCGGAUUGCAUCGUCGACACCAGCGGCAAUGGCGUCACCUCGGCUCCGUUACCCCAGGACUUUAUUGCUUCCAUCCAGAGGAGAUUCUCAUGGAAGAAAGACAGCAAACCUGUCAUCGAUAUCGACCCGGAGUAGAGAAUACGAAGAGGCACUGGAGGCCAAAAGCAUCGCCUAGCCCUUGCUCGAACUCUGUACGCAAAGAAGGAGUUCGUCGUGCUUGACGAUGUCUUUGGCGGACUUGGCGCGGCCACUGCCGACCUGAAAGACGGCCGCGACACCGGAGUUGCCAAUGACGAGAAACCGGGAGCGCAGCAGCAGGCGAUCCCGACAGCUAUUGCCGGCCCCUUGGAUUCCCCUGAUCAGACAGACUCGACACACCACCUAGGCGACUCCACGAUGUAUCUGUUCUAUGGAGAGGGCGCCGGUUGGUACACUGUCGCGGCUUUUCUUGUCGCCAUGAUUGUAUUUGCCUUUUGCAACUCGUUUCCAUACAUAUGGCUUGGCUGGUGGGCAGAGGCCAAUGCACAGCACCUGGGGAAAUGGCUUGGCGUGUACACGGCUCUCGGGGUCGGCGCAAUCAUUGCGGUUCUUAUUGGCGCAUGCUCCAAUGACGUUCCAUUCGAGCGUCGACAGUGGGGUGACAGUCAACAGGUUCAGCCACAUCUUCAGUUGAUAGACAUGGAGCUUCCCGCCGCCGCUCUGGCGGUAGCAGUUUCAACCUUCUUCGCCAUCAGGGAGGUGGUCCUCGUGGCCGUGAGCUCGCGCUACCGAGCCGCCGCCCUGCCCGUCAUAGCCCUCGCCUUCUGGGCGGUGCAGCACUUCUACCUGCGCACGUCGCUCCAGAUGCGCCUCCUCGACAUCGAGCACAGGGCGCCGCUCCACACGACCCUCCUCGAGACGCUCGACGGGCUCGAGUCCAUCCGCACUCUGGGCUGGCAGGGCCGGGCCGCGCGCCGCAAUGCGCCCCUCGUCGACGCCUCGCAGCGGCCGGCGUACCUGCUGCUGUGCCUGCGGUGCUGGCUGACGCACCUCGUCGAUGUGCUGGUCGCGGGCUUCGCCGUCGUGCUGGUCGUCGUCGCGACGGCGCUGCGGGACCAGAUCGGCCCCGCGCGUACGGGCCUCGUCACGGGCUGGGUCAUGCUCGAGGUCGCGCUGGGGGCCGUCGCGAGGGUCAAGAACUUUGCGGCCCCGCGGGGCGGUGGGGACUGCGAGGCCGACGAGGAGUUGCGCCGUCUUGACGAGAGCAGACGCCUGGGGCCCGUGGGGAGCUGGCCUAGUCGCGGGGCUGCCGAAUUUCUUGGCGUGACGGCCUCCUACACCUUUUCCGGGCCCGUUCUCGAAAACGCUACGUUCUCCCUCACACCGGGGCAAAGAGUCGCCGUAUGCGGAAGAACUGGAAGUGGUAAAAGCUCGUUGGCCCUCGCCAUGCUGCGUAUGGUGGAUGAGGUCUCCGGAGCCAUUGCCAUCGACGGAGUCGACAUCUCAACUCUGCCUGGCGAAUACGUGCGGUCUGGCAUCGUCGCGGUCUCGCAGGAGGCCUACAUCUUCGAUGCUACGGUUCGCGUGAAUGUCGAUCCGACAACCGUGGAAGCCGGUGACGGCUCAAGCGGACAAAGGGACUCCAAUGCCGACAGUAGCGGGGGUGGAAAUCCAGAGAGGGGCGGGCUUGACACCGUAAUCGACGAAAAGUUCUUCUCGCAAGGCGAAAAGCAGCUCCCGACCAUCACCCGGGCCUUAGUCAGAGGAGCAAAAAGGGGGCUGAAGAGCAGCGUGGAGAAAGAGGCAGGAGGGUUGUUGAUCCUCGAUGAGGUCACGAGUAGCAACCUUGAUGAAGAGUCCGCUUCCAUGGUCAAAAAACUCCUGGACGCGUGGUUUGCUGACUGGACAAUCAUUGCAAUCGCGCACAAGCUCAGCGCGAUCCUCGACUACAAUAGAGUGCUCGUGUUAGAUCAAGGAAAGCUCGUUGAUUACGACGAGCCAGGGAAGCUCCUCCAAUCGGAUUCGGCCUUUCGAGCCCUAUACGCUUCAUCUGUCCCAGCGAAGGGCAGGGAGAAAAGGGGCGAGUGA